AGGACCCAGGUGGUGGGGGGUGCUCUCCAGUCCCACCCAGUUUAGGGAAAGCCUCUGCCUCUCUCCCAUCCCCCUUCACCUGGCUCUUAAAGGGCCGGCCCCUUGGCCGGCGGUUACUUAAGGCAGAGGGGCGGCAACGGGCAGCAGCUGCGCUACGACUGCUCUGGAAGGAGUGGACGGGGCACAAAUCCUGACCAUGACCCCCUACAGGCUGCUGCCACCACUGCUGCUGCUAACUCUGCUGCUCGCUGCCCGCCCAACAGGCGCCUUGGCGCAGUGCCCAGGCUGCGGGCAGGGGAUGCAGGAGGGUUGUCCUGGGGGCUGCGUGCAGGAAGAUGAGAGACCGCCGGCGGAGGACUGUGAAGAAGCUGGGGGCUGCCUCAGGAGAGAGGGGCAGCAGUGUGGGGUCUACACUCCUAACUGCGUCUCAGGACUACAGUGCCAGCCGCACAAGGACGAGGAGGCGCCUUUGCGGGCGCUGCUGCUGGGCAGGGGCCGCUGCAGCCCGGUCCGCGCGGCCACGGAGAAUCCUAAGGAGAGUAAACCCCAGGGAGGCAUCAUCCAUCCCCAGGAUGUGAACCGCAGAGACCACCAGAAGAAUCCAGGCACUUCCACCACUCCGGCUCGGCACAAUCCUGGGAGUGUUCAAGAAACUGAGAUGGGCCCCUGCCGCAGACACCUGGACUCAGUGCUGCAACAACUCCAGACCGAGGUCUUCCGAGGAUCUCAUACCCUUUAUGUACCAAAUUGUGAUCAUCGAGGCUUCUAUCGGAAGCGGCAGUGCCGUUCCUCCCAGGGACAGCGCCGAGGCCCUUGCUGGUGCGUGGAUAGAAUGGGCCAGCCUCUACCUGGGUCUCCAGAUGGCAAUGGAAGCUCCCUCUGCCACACGGGGAGCAGCGGCUAAAGCGGGGUGGGGAACUGCUGGGCCACUGGCGGGAGCGUGGGGCUGUCAUCUUGGGUUACUAAGUGAUAAGUAACUCAGGGGCUUUGAGCUCCACCAUAUACCUUCAGGCCCUGUGUCAUUGUCCCCCUCACUCCUGGGCCCUAACACAUCUAGUUGAAAUAAUUGUUGGUAUCAGCCUGGGGGUUAAUAAAGCUGUGUUGGG